AUGGUAUUAUGCCUUUGUUCUAAAAAGUCUUGCCAAUAUUUCGGUUCCAAGGUUGGACCAAAUUUUCAACUUGGAUAUUAUGUUCGUGCACUCAUGUUGCUGGAGCGACACUUAUUUCACGCUCAUGGCUUCGUUGUAGAUGCGAUUGAAACUAAAAUAAAGAAACUGAGAGGCAAAUUAACAUCACUGGGUUAUUCGACUGAACAGGUAAGUGGAGACAAUCCUGUUGAUUUUAUAUCUUCAACUGCACAUACUGCCGCAUAUUAUUCUCAGAUCCGCGAAGCUCGGCUGAAUAUGGGUUUCGAUCUGAGAACAGAUGAAGAGAAAUCGGAUGCGAACGAAGAACUACAGCGUCCUGCUCACGACUGCAGGUCAAAAAUAGGUGUCUAUAAGACGCCAGAGGAGUGCAGGCGAAUUCUCUACGAAUUCAAGACUAAGUUCAGCUGGAUGUUUACUGAGUGA